UUAAUUGUAGACUUGUAAUUAUUAACCAGAACUGUUGCAAGUAUAUAAGCAAAAUUUACCAUGAUGGAUACAAUUGAAUUUAAGAAAACACUUGAUGAAAUCAUGAAUAUACUGACUAGUUGUGCAUUGGUGACCAACCCAAAGCUUAAUGAAUGCUGUAUCUGUAACAAUGAAAUCAAAGAAAAUGAAAGUGAUGCAAGAUGUGACUGUUGUAGUAAGCAUUUUCAUGUGACAUGUAUGGGAUUCCCUUGUGAAGACAGACUGAGUGACCUGACAUUGAUCUGGAUUUGUUCAUUUUGUGGAAAUAACAACAUGGCUCAUCGCAUGUUUGAUCAAGUAUGCAUCCCUUCUCAUUUCAAUAGAUACGAACUUCUUGGUGAUCAUGAUGAACACUGUUACUUGGAUUUGAACCAAUCAAGGACCCUAUCAAGUACGACCAACAAAAGAAAAUGUGGCAGAUCAAAGAAGAGAUCAAGGAUUUGCGAAAGUACAGAGUUCAUGCUGGUGGCAAGAAAAAAGAAGCAAAGAACAAGAAAGGUCGAGCAAGGAACAAGAAAGGUCAGUCUUCCAAAGGGAAAAAAGAUGUUUCAGAUGGUGUACAAGAAGAUGCAGUGUUUGACAAUGACCUGGAGAAUAGAAGCUUUGAUACAGUAAAAGAUGAAGCAGUCGAGGUUUCCUGAGUUGUAACGGACACAGUGUUGUACUUCAUACUCAAAGCUGGCAAGGUGUGUACAAGCAUUGCAUGAGGUUAGCAAAAUCAAUGGGAUGCCCCCUGCACACCGAAUAUGAAGUAACUAGUGUAUGUGCUAAAGCAACUUCCGGUAAGAAUGAAACCUUGAAAGGCUAUCCACAGUUACAGGAUUUUGUUUGUAAUCCAAUUCCUUCGUCAAAUACGCACAGUGAAAGUCAGUCUGGAAGCUCUGGAUGUUCCAUACAUUGUGAAAGCUUUGAUGAAGUUCAAAUAUUGGAUGAGAGUGUUUCCCCACAAAAGAUGAUUGAUAACCCAAAUGUAUUUGUCUUCCCUGAAGAAGCAAAUGAAGCGAUCAUUCAUGAUGUACAUUAUAACGGUCAGGAAUUAAAACUGAAGAGUGUGACAAUUACCUUAACCAAACUGAAAGAACCACAGCUGAAUAAUAGUUGUCUUCUGAAAGGAAAUGACUCCAUAAAAACAGAAUAUGAAAAUGAACAUAAGGGAGACUCAAAAAAUUGUACUAAAUGUGAAAAUGACUCUGAUAGAUUGAAUUUAGUGACGAAAGUUCAGAAUUCCAACUCUAUCUUAAGCAGAAAACGAAAAUGGAGUAAUCUCGAAAGCGAUGCAAAUGUUGAUGUUGACCAUGGCAAGGAAAUUCGAAAAUCCAAAUGGGUGAAAAUGAAUGAGAACGACAGCUUAAGAAUUGAUGCAAGCAAAUGUGCUGAUAGUAAUGACGAAUUAAUAAUAAUUGGAGAAGUUCAUGUUAGAAAUGUAGACCCAGGAAAAAAAAACGUAAAAACAGAGAAAGUUCUAAUCAAAUUAGGAAGCGCAAGAGACAGCAAAUGAGAGAAAAACGAGCCCUGGCCAAAGAUGAAAUCAUUAAGAAAAAGGAAAAGUGUCUACACAAUGCGCAAAUGAGGAAAAAUAAGUCGAAGAAUAAAUAUCGAAAUGAUUUAACCUACAAAAUCAAAAAAA